AUGGCUGCAGCUACAGCUCAACCCCACGCUUCAGAUCACCAAGCAUUAGCCAACAAUGCAAUCUCGUCGUCAUCAGCAAUCGCCUCAUCGUCCAAGAAUCUCGUUGCAGACCACCUCAAAUCGCCCGACGAUCUUUCCCGAUUGGAAGGUCUGCGCAGCAAGCUCCACCGCGAGUCGCUCACCCUCGAGGCCAAGCUCAAGUCCGGAGCCAAAGAGCAGCUCGAAGCCAUCCGAGAUGGUCUGCUCAAGCUUCAAGCUACGCGAAAGGAUGUACAAGGCGUUCGCGAAGCCUUUGCAGAGGUAGAGCGAAUCUGUACACGCCAAGAUGGCGUCAACGAGGGAAACGGUUCGGCCUCAUCCCAAGCAUUUCGCGUCAUUUCCCAAGUAUCUCAGAUCCACCGCAACUUCGUCCAGACGUCCAAUGUGCUACACAGCCUCGAGAUGCUGCCGCCCAAGAUCGAGCACCUAUCCCGAGUCCUAAACGAGGCGCAGGCUGACCUCUAUGGUGAGGCAUCGGACCUCUUGUGGCUUCAUCACCACAUUUCCGCCUUGGAGGCAUUUAGGAAUGAGACUUUACAGAUGGCAAGGACUUGCUCAGCCGAUGUGAGGGCACACCUCUCGCACUUCUUUGAGCCCUUGGAUGGACUGGUCAGAAGCUUCGACGAGUAUCUCUUGGCCUUGGGAUCACGCACCUUUGAUCUCGUCGUCAGAGAAGGGCGAGCGUCCGUCGUCGUGCGACUGAUCAAGAUCAUAGAAAAGGAGUCGAGGCAAGACGAGAAGGCUGCGGCCAUCAGGCUGGCAAAGAAGGCAAAUUUGGAGGGGGCAGCGAGAUUCAGAAGCGUCAUUGCAAACGCCAGGGUCAUCAAGCUCUACAGGCCAAAAUUGCUCGAGGCAAUCGACGCCGCUACGGGUGACCUCUUUGAGGAAUGCUGGCAGCGGUUCGGAAGCGAUGGGAGGGAAAAUUGGGUGUACAAGGACCUCGAUAUGGUCAAGGAGCAGAUAGUUGGCCUCUUCCCACCUGACUACAACAUCCUUCGCUUCUUUGCCAAGUCGUACCACAAACACCUCGGCCAAACGCUUCGCGCGCGCAUACUCGAUCUCGAUCCCCCAGCCUCAACGGUCCUGUCCCUCUAUCAAUUCACGCAAGAGUACACCUCAACGAUGCGCAAGGAACUCGGCAUCCCCGUCGACGAAUGGCUGCAGCCCACCCUCCUCGAUGGGCGCGAGCAGAGCAUAAUCGACGACUAUCUAGGCCUCAUCACCCGCAAGAUCGACGAAUGGACCGCAAAUCUGAUGAGCGACGAGGUGCGCCUCUUCACUCAGCGCAACGAGGCACCAGAGCGCGAUGCUGAGGGCUUGUACGGCCUCAAUUAUGCAAGCAUUCUCUUUCAGAUGCUCACACAGCAGUGCGACCUAGCCGCCGACUCGAAUCAAGGCUCCCUCGUCGCUCGCUGUGUAGGCCACGCCACGCGGGCUAUAAUGUCCAGUCAAGCAACAUGGCUUCGCGUCCUCGAGGCCGAAUUUUCGAAGCAAAUCAAGGCCAAGAAUCCAGAGGACGUACCUCCUGGGCUGACUGAGUACGUCAUCGCCCUAUGCAACGAGCUCAUCAAGUCUGCCGACUUGGCCGAAGCAUUGGGCAAGCGCUUCGAGUCUCUGGUUUCGACAAAGUACAAGGCCACCAUCCGCGAAGAUGUGGAUAAUGCGGUCAAUGGCUACCUAGAUGUCUCGGCGCGGUGUGGAGGCAUUCUGGUUCAAUUUGUGUUCGAGGACCUCCGACCAGCCGUCAAAGACCUCUUCACAUUGCCUGCCUGGUAUAUGUCCGAGGGAGGAGGAACGUGCACCGUGAUCGUGGAGACGAUGCGUGACUACCUCAGCGACUAUGCAGAGCUGCUGAAUCCAAACUUCUUCGAGGCGAGGCUACUACCGGACCUCGUGGACAGAUUCUUGGUCAGCUACUUGGGGGCUUUGCGUAAGGUUGGUUCAGGCAAGUUGAAGAUGCCAGCCGCAGCCGAGAGGAUGAGAGAGGAUGUGCGCGAAUUCCGCACCAUGAUGAUGGGAGUUUGGAUUCGAGACGCCCCCGCUGAGUCUGGUGAAGGAGGCAGCGGUUGGUCGGAGAAAGCUGGAGGCGACCUUCUCGACGGGGUCCUGUCUCUCCUCUCCUCCUCUCCCGCCAUGGUCUUUCUACCCUACUGGUCCUUCGCCAAGCAGGCUGGUCCCAACUUGGCCUUCUUCGAGGCACUGCUCCGCGCAAGAGACGAUGUGGACAAGUCGGACGUCAGUGCGAUUAUGGAGAGUGCGAGGCGCAAGGUGAAAGCAGAGGAGUUGCCUGACCUACCGCGCAAGGAUGAAGGGGCUGGGGAGGGGAGCGGCGAGCCGACACAUGCGGCGGCCAUUAUGAAGAGAGUAGAGACGGCUUAUGCCGCGGGCACGGGUGUAGGGGCUGCUGGAGCUCUGUGGAGUAGGGGGGCACAGAUGAUUGGGUCGAGUAGUUCGGCUGGGCAAGUUGGGGAGGGAUUGGCGGGUGGAGCGGGGCCAGCUGCUACAGGGCAGCAGGCGGGAUGGGGUGGAUUGGCGGGUGUGGUCAGGAGGGCAGGAGGAAUGGGGCCCUAGUCGCGCAUGCAUCACCAAUGCACACUUCCCUGUGAGCGCGCUUUAAAGUCAUCGAGUCCAUUCGUAGCCAUUGAAGCAUGAAAAGAGCGUAGCUGUCUAGAGUACAAGGGGGAGGGAAUGAGAGCGGCAGGGAUGGGUGCAGGUGCGUUGAGAGUGCAGAGAUAUGUGAGGGGCUCCAAUGACAGUAGCUUGAAGGGCGGUAUGCUCCUCCGUUGGCAUCGCGCAAACCUCAAUCGUAGGCCUCUUCCGCGGACUGUCGCACCAAUCUGCGGACCUUCUUCUUGUACCCGGCAAAAUCCUCUGUGCGCGUGAAAUUGGAGACAAAUGAUCAUCAGCUCUGGCGUCAAGAGCUUUCAAGAGCGAAGGCGUAAAGUCGAGCUCACCUCUCACUUGCUUUGCUGCGUCUACAUUAGCCGGAGAAUCGAGGUUGGGCACG